AUGGGGCACAUUGCUGAUCCUGCGGGCGCCGUAGUCGUGGGCUGCAAAGUGCUGCCCAUCUUCAACGAGAAUGGCAUUGUGGAUGGCGCGGUGAAGAAGAUCGUGCACAGGAUCGACGGGAAGAAGGCGGUCGCCCGGGUGAAGGAGCUCCUCAAGUGGGCUGCGCAUGCCAGGCCGUACGGCAGCAGCAACGGCGUCAGCGGGAAGAAAUGGAAGCAGUUUCUGAGCUUCCAGGGAAGGGAUGGUGGUGGUGCUGCAGCGCCGGUAUCAAAGUGUGACGACGACGCGAGCUCCGGGUCCGGGUCCGGGUCCGGUGGCAAGCUGAGCUUCAAGUGGGAGGCGGGCAGCUGCUCGUCGGCUUCGUCGGUGCUGUACUCGCCGCUGUCGUUCGCGUCGGCGCCGGCCGGGAGGACGGAGCAGCAGACGCCGUCACGGGGGAACGGGAACUACAACUACAGCUACAAUGGGUACGCGUCGCGGCUGUCGUCGGUGAGCCAGAAGAGCACGUCGUCGGAGGCGUGCCGGAUGGCGCAGUGGAUCACCACCGAUUCAGACUUUGUGGUGCUGGAGCUGUAA